UUAAAAAUAAACAUGGCGGAGAAAUCUGCCAGAACGAUAGGAAUGGGCACAAAACCUGUGCCCAUGAAGUUCUUCGCUGUUUUAGAGGUGGAGAAAACUGCCCCAAGUUGUAUUCCAAGGUUAUGCACUCUGACUCUUAGUAGAUUGGUUAUACACAAACCACUAGAAAAUGAUUUGAAUUCUGUGAUCAUUGCUGUGAAAAUGCAGAAUUCCAAGAGAAUUCUAAGGUCCAAUGAAAUUAUUGUACCCCAAGGAGGACUGCUUGAUACAGAGUUGGAUCUCACUUUCUCUCUACAGUAUCCUCAUUAUCUGAAGAGAGACUGUAAGCUGCAAGUCAUGUUACAGAGAAGGAAGAAGUACAAGAACAAAACUAUUCUAGGAUACAAAACGCUGGCUGCUGGACAAGUGAACAUGACACAUGUUUUACAGAGGACUCAUGACAAGGACCUGUCCCUAUACAGUGAACAGAAAGACAACACAGAGAAGCUGGCCACCCUGGUGAUGUUACAGCUCUCCAGUCAACCGGUGGACCACACAGAGAAUGGACAGAGGAAGAAUGCCCUCUCUGAUGUCGAUCGUUCCCCAGACAUUGACAAUGAGUCAUACGAUGAAGAUGAUCAAGAAGAAUGGUCAAACGAUGACAUCAGUGAUCCGGAGGCAAUGGAUGAAGAUGGCAGGCUGAGGGCAAGAAAAUCGAACCGAACAGAGGCGAGAGGUGUGGCCACAGCUAGGGGGCGUGUCAAUCAACAGAGGAAUUUUAAACAGAAAAUUGUAUCUUUACUUCGCAAAUUCAAGAUCACAGAGGAGUCACUGGACCCUGAGGAGUUCCCAGACACGAAUCAGGAUCCGACGGAUGACAUUGAGGACCUGAUUGACGAGCUGGCGGAGAGCAUGAGUGACAGCGGACAGGAAAUGGACCCUGACACUGUCAGUGUCAUCUCCACCCCCAAACCCAGACUAAGACCAUUCUUUCAGGGACGGAUGAGUGCGGUUGAACUGGAAGACAGCACAAAGGACCCUGAUAAACAUAGCGAUGACUCAACCUCCCAAAAAAAGGACCCUGACAGCCUUCUGGAAAAAGAGCUCACAGAAGAUCAGAAAUCUUCUCCAGAAACAAAAGGCAAAAUAAAUCAUGGUCGCAGUCGGUCAUAUCGAGAAGGGAAGCACAAAAAAGGGGAGCCUCAUCGUCGACACAGCACUGGUCCAGUCCCUGGAUCGCCCCGAAAGGCACUGAUGGACCAGCUGGGUGUGGUACUGGGGGGACUGGAGGAGUCCCUCCCUGACACCGUGAUGUUGGUCAACAUUGCUGAGUGGCAAGGACAGCUGUUCCACCAGAAGGUACAAGACAAUAACUACAACUUGAUCUGCACCUGUGGAGAACCCGAUGUGAAGGCAGCCAUCAGUGCUCUCGUCACCAAAAUCCAGAAAUACUGCAACAGUAACUCCAAGGCCCCCAGCGCUGUCAAGGUCUGUAUUGCAGGAAGUGAUAGUUACGUUAACACCGUUCUCCGCCCAUAUGUGGAGCAGUUCUCUGCCAAGCCCCCAGACUGGCAGACCUACGUCAAGUUCCUCAUCAUACCAUUUGGCUCUAGCUCCAUCGGGAGAUACAUCGGUAGCCUGGACAGUGUAUACAACUCUCUGUUCCUGGAUCAGCAUUGGAAAGACACAUUCGAGAAAACAGAGGCCCCAAAACUAGAUUCUCAAGACAUCGUGAGUCGGUUGUCAAAGUAUCUGAGUUAUGUCGGGUCUGUUGUUCAAAUCCCAAUCGCUGAGGCCAUGGUUAUGUGUAGAGCUAAAAGUGGAGAGGAAGAUUCAUCACAAAUUUUGAUUCCAUUCAUCAGUGAAGUGAAGAUUGGUAGUUGUGAUAUCAUGAAUGCAUCCAUGGACUUUGAUGACACAAGCAGUACGAUGGUUAACUCGCCCUCCUUAUCCAGCUCUCCCCCAAACAACAUGGCUACUCUGGAUAAACCCAAGACAGAAUUCUCUACUCCCCCCAGCUCUCCUAAUGUCAACGUGGCCACCAACAGUCAAAGCAGCCUGCCCUCUAUGAUGCCCCCAUCAGGUGAGUUUGUGGAACUACAGGUAGAUUACUGGACAACGACUCCCAGGUCCGAGAGCUCGGAGAAGACGGACAAGGCCAGCAAGAAGGACAGUAACAAGUGUACGCUGAAGACCACGUUCCGCUCGCUGCAGGUGCAGCGCCUGGCUCAGAACCCGGUCGACCUCAACUCGUUCUCCAUGGUGGUGGUCACCAAGGAAAAGAAGCACAUCAUAAUGAGGUUAGGGAAGAAAGCCAAGGAGAGUGAAUCUAAGAGUCAAAUUGUGGAUGGAAUUAACCGGCUGAUUUGUACCACCAAAACUCAGAGCUACUCUCUCAAAGUGAUGGUUGAUGGUGUGGAGUGGACCGGAGUGAAGUUUUUCCAGUUGUCCACUCAGUGGCAGACUCACAUUAAGCAUUUCCCUAUCACAAUCCUCGGAAACCCGGACCCAGUCUGACUCCCAUCACAGAACUGCACAAGUCUCAGAGCCUCUCACCAUCAAGGUGAAUCCUGGGAAAUUUCCCUCUGAGGAGUUUUGUUUCAGGGCUUCCCUCUUUAACCAGAGAUUUUUACACAUCAUGCACAUAGCAUUACCUUGUAGAUUCAUUUGUUCGAUAUUCUUUCUGAUAUGUAACUCAGAGUUGAAACAACAUGUGACAACUGAGUUAAAGAGUGCUUGACUUGACUUCUAGAUACCAUCUCAUCACUGAACAAAAAAGCCAAGUUUCACUGUGCUAUUGUGAAACAAAUACAUCAGAAGUUGGAAUGAUUUGUUUCCUUUGCUGUGAGAGAUUUUUUUUGUUGCCCAAAAGUGAUCAGAGAAUCGGAACCCAAUCAAGCAUAUCUUUCCUGUAGUGCUGCUUUGUGUUCGACUGCGUCAUGGAUGGUUGAACGUGAGGGGUUGUAGUGCUAACUUGGCAGAAAUGUUUCAGCCUGUGUUGUACCUGUCAAGUACAUGUAAUAAUUUAUCAGAUAGGAGUUGUAUAUUGCAUUAAAUUAAAUAUUGAAUGUCAACAGUUCUAGAGCGAGAUCUGUACUAUAUUUCCAAUGUAUAUUUAUGAGUUUGUCUCUAGUGGUGCUUUAUGGUAUAUUUUUGCAUCAUGCAUGUUGUUAGUAUGAAGCAAGAGUAGAAAUUACAGUAUUGUUAUUUUUUAUUAGAAGGGUAUUUUGUAAAGUAAGUUGAAAUACUGGUAUUUAUACUUGUAUUUAGUUAGAAAGCCUUUUAUCUUGUUGGAUUUAAAUUUAUAUCAUAAAAAAAUGAUUGCAGUAGCAUGAAGUUGCCAUGUAAUCUUUCUCUCUCUCUCAAAUGAUUAAAAAAAUCAUGCUAUACAUUUUAUAGAUACCCAGUAUUCAUUUCUGUAUUUUACUGCUUUUAUUGUCUCAGCUUUUGAUUGACAGAGGCCAGUAAACACAAGAUAAACAGCUGUGUUGUUGAUGCAUAUUGUAUAAACUGUGUAUUUUAUACUUUUAGUUAUUACUGGUAUACCUCAAAAAUAAAGGGGGGGGGGGGGGGGAGGAGGGAGAGGGGCGGAGUAUAUGGGAGAUUUAUGUGAUCUAAAUCUGCAUUUGUACAGUCAAUUUGCAUUAUAGCUUACUUGCACUAAUGACAAAAGAGCAGUGAUUUUAUAUCUUAUUCUUAACAUGGAAGAUGAACUAACCGGUCCACUAUCAUUGUACAUUGUUAUACCACUGAUCAGUAUUGUCCAAUCAUCACCCAUUGUGAGUACUUUGCCUAGGAUGACACAUACUAAUGUAGGCCUUUCUUUACUUGUACCGGUACUUGGUGGACCAGGGCCAGAAACACCGACCAGUACAAAUGACAUGUUAAAUUACAUAUAUUUUCAUUGUGACUUUUAUUUUUGCGACCAUCUUAUUUUUGCUUUUUUCGCUUUAACUAAAGUAUUAUACGCAGAAAUUUAUGUCCGGUACUUUUUACUGUUAGAAAUUAUAGAAUGGAAAAUAUGAUUUGCCCAAAUGCAUUAAAGUUUUGCAACUUUUUGCAAAGAAAAAACCUCUUGAUAAUUAGUAAGUCAGACUUGUUUUAAAUCACAAGUAGUUAUUGCUUGUGAGGCAUUGAUUUUGCCCUUUUAUUUGUGAAUGAAUUCUAGUUUUUCUUGGCUUUGUAAAGUAUUUUCGCUGCUUGAUCUUAAGAUUUUAGUCAUCAUAAUCUUUUGUCAUUUGUGUACAUGUAUGAUGUGGAAUCAAUAGCAUUAUUUUGUGUGGAUAGGAAUGUACGUAUCGAAGCAUUAACAAUAAGAUGAGGUUCCAGGUAGUCAGUGUGUUGAUGGUACUCGUGAUCAUGUCAUGGUGUACAACUGUGCUACACUGAUCGAACUAUGAGAUUCAGAACAUUAACAUGAUACAAUAGUAAUAGUUCAAUUGUCUCAAUAAUCAAUAAUGUAAUGUGCUACAUUGUCCUCAGUUGAAGAUUUGGGCUUGCAUAUGUAGGGGUCUUGUUUAACUUUUGAACUGUUCAAAAUUCUUAAUUCUUGUAUAUUAUAUUGGUAAUGGUUUCAGGUUCAAGGCUAAUUAACAAGUUCAAGGUGAAAUAGAUCAGACACCCAGGGGAUGCUAAUAUAUAUGUCUUAGUGAGAAUAUAAGCAGAAAUGGACACUUAUUAAAGGAAGCCCAUGUUGGUGGAUUAGAGAGGUACCAUGUAUUUAGUCAGAUGUGGUACAUGAAUCAAGGUUUGCCUGAAAAACUUAACCUUUAUUAGACUGUCUCAUUUUUGGGGAAGGGGAAUUUAAGGUGGAGUAACACAUCAUCACAAAGUGGCUGAUCGAAAUGACAUUUCGUUUUAUCAAAAGGAUUUUAUGGACUGAAACAUGUAACUUACUCCAUAGCCAAGUGGAUAAAGUGUCUGACUUGUGAUCCUUACAUCCCGAGUUAGAAUCCUGCAGGGGCUUUUGUUGUUACUUACUGGAAUAAUUAUUUUAGAUAUUCAUUUUUUAUCCCCAAACUGCAAAUUUUUCACUUAUUUGACAUUUGUACAGUUUAUUUUUCAUUAUUUCUUUCAUUAUCAGAAAAUUUCCUGUUAAUUUGAGUGACUUUUUCCAGGUGUGUUAUUCCACCUUAAAAUGAUAAUAAAAGAAACUUCAAGGGUUACUUUCAUGGGUAAGGUCAUUCAAGAGGAUGAACAGUGUUUUCUGUGGCCAUCUUAUGUUAGUAGUGUGCUAAAGCUUGCAUGUGAGGCAGUAUACCUUCACUUAUUGAAUGUGUUCACAAUUAACCGCCGAAGAUCAAAUUGCUUGCCAAAAUGUUUGUUAAGUCUUUUUUCCUUUCCAGUUGAACAAAAACUCUUUUGUAUGAGAGAUGGGCUGCUGGUACAUGUUAAACCAGAUUGUUAACUGUACAGGGUAUUUAUUAUUCACCCCGUCAGAAUAUAGGUGACAGGUCUCGGUAUCUUAAUUUCUAGUCGAAUCACUUUUAUUUCUCUCACAUUAUGACAUUUUGAAAAGUUAAUGAAAACUUAAUGAAAUAUGACACUGAUCAAAGAAGAUAGCAAUGUGUUCUGUUGUUUAAAAUUUUAGUUAUUAUUGUAUAUAUAUGUAUGUGUAGGUCAUGAAAUCCUUUCUGCAAACACAAGUCUUAGAUAAUAUAUGUAGUGUAAUGAUAUAGACCUUCUUUUGCAAUUCUUUACAUUUUUGUCGUUGAGUCAAGUAGGAAGCAAUACGUUAACUAGUGCCUGAUUGUUUUUUAUCCAGAGAUUGAUUUUUUUAUCUUACAAUUGCAUGAACACCCUGUUCAACCAGUAUAGUCCUGUGCCAUCUGUUGCCAGUAUACUUCAAAUACUGAUAAUGGACUGGGCCUCGUACCCUGAAAAUUUGAAUGUGUUAUAAAAUUGUUUUUAUUAAAAAUCAAGAUUUUAAAAAAAUAUCUGUGCCUCUUUCAACGUCAGGCUAGAUUUAUCAAUAAGUUAUUUAACAGUUUAGUCAUGACUUCAAGUGGUUGGCCGAAUGUCUCAAUCAAGUCAGGUCAGAAAAAGACAAGGGAAUAAUGCAUUAAACUCAAACUGAACUUAAUCUGUGUACAAAUGGUGAUCAACAAUUGCUACCUAGAAUCAAAGUCUGUAGGUGAGCACAAUGACCCAUAGCACCAUUGUUUGGCCUCAGAUUGAAUGGGUAACAAAAGAAAGAUGAUGAACCAUAUUAAGUUGUGUCUUUUUUUACCGUAAUUUCCUAUGAUUUGUGUUACAGUAUGCAAUUUGUUUUGUUUGAUUUGUUUUUAUUAGGGGAUAAAUUGCAAUACCAUGACUGCCAGACCUAGCUCGUCUCCAUUGUAAGGUUGUUGUCAUCAGUACAAACAAUAAACAAUAUAACCAGAA